ACCAAAAUAUUUCGUUUCAGUUAGCCCUACCCUAAGAAAAAUAAAUAAGCAAGACGCUGGAAGCAAUUAUUUUGCCAGGGUGUUGGACCGAUCAUGGUGGUGGAUGUUUCAUGGUACUGCAUGCAAUCAAAAUUUUGACUCACAAGUGGUCGAUUCUUCCAAGCCUAAAAAUUCUUUAGCACUCAAGCUAGCAAGUUGUUGCAGCAGAUUUUCUGACACACAUGAUGGCAUGCAAAAGUAAAUUUUUACUUCACCUCUCAAAACCGGCACUAUCAUUCCUCUCCAGAUAAGAGCAAUGUCACCUCAUACCUACCUUCAUCAAGAUCACACCCCAGAAAGUGGACACCAAUGAAAAUAAAAAUACCGGUCUAUCUUCACCACCCAAAAACAAUCUCCUAGAAGGGAAUUCAUUGAAUAAGGGCAGAUGAUUGCCUCAACACAUGCAGAAAAGCUGGGGUUUACAGGCACUCCAUGUGCGGUGCUUGUACGGCAGCACAGCAACAUGAACAGCAUGAUGAAGGUGAUAAUGGGUUUUUUUUUGUCAUACCUUGGAUUGUACAAAUUAAUUACUUAAUGAAUGUGCUAAAUCAUUGAGUUGACUCACAGCGUUGAGUAGAACUAGAAUUGGUCGAGUGAAUAGAUUUCAAUAUCCGGAUAAUUAAGAAAAAUAAGGAAUGUAAUCCGUGGAACUUGAACACACACAUACAGAAGGUUGAUCCCACUGACACCAAAGGUUAAGGCCACUAGACCGGACGUGGGGAUUUGGUCGUUAAGGCGUGUUUGGUUCCAAACUUCUUUAGGAAAAAAUUAUGGGAAAAGUCUAGCCAUUAAACUAAGAUUGUGAACUAAAGUAUCGAAAUGUGUACUAGGAAAAUAAAUACUUGAAGUAGUG